GCGAGAAUUCCAUUGCGGAAUUUUAUGCUGGAAAGAACAUUUUCAUCACGGGCGGUACUGGGUUCCUUGGCACCGUUUUGAUUGAAGCAUUGCUUAGCUCUACGCCAAAAAUCGGCACAAUUUAUUUGCUCAUCCGCGAAAAAUAUGGAUCAGACACCAAUAAGCCGGUUGAACGAUUGCUGUCGAAACCGAUUUUCAAUUCACAUUCGGCGGAAACAUUGAAAAAGGUGGUACCCGUUGUUGGUGUGAUGGAUGCUGUGAAUAUGGGUUUCGAUGACGAAACAUUGAAUGAGCUACGUGAAAAAGUUAACAUAAUUUUCCAUGUGGCUGCCACAAUUAAAUUCAAUACACAUUUACGUGUUGCAAUCCAAACGAAUUUGACGGGCACACUGCGGUGCAUUGAAUUUGGCAAAAGUUUAAAAAAGAUGGAUGCGUUUGUGCAUUUAUCGACGGCUUUUUGCAACAGUAAUUAUGCUGGUUUGUUGGAGGAAAAAGUAUACGCACCGGCUCAGGAUCCAUAUGAAAUGCUAAAGAUGGCUGAAAAUGACGAUGCUUGGGCCAAUUUCAAAACACGCGCUGACUGGCUACAUAUAACGAAAGAGCAUCCAAACACUUACACAUUUACAAAACAAUUGGCCGAAAAUUUAAUAAUGAAAGAGCUUGCCGGUUUUCCAGCAGCAAUUGUGCGACCUUCGAUUGUUUACGGAACGUAUAAGCAUCCCGUGCAAGGUUGGGUCGGCAACGCGAGUAGCGGUCAUCUCGGUUUCUUUGCUGGCUACUACAAAGGUUUAUUCCGUACAAUUUAUGGAAAUUCGCAGUCAAAGAUUGAUCUUAUACCAGUCGACUAUACGAUUAAUGCUUCAAUCGUGCUAUGAUGGUAUUUUUUAAAAGAAAUUUCCCCCGGGGAAAAAAAUAAACCCGAUUUGCGGGCUAGGGAGUGGCUAAACCCUCCCGGACCAGUUUGUAUCUCAAUGUAUUUUGACGAGAUCUAUCGAUUGGAGCUUCCCCCGAUGUCGACUGACCCAUUUCCUGACUCCCCACAGGGUUAUUAUCGAUGAUGCUUCCCUUACAUAUACAUUACUCCAAAAAAUGGUCUGGGGAGGGUCAGGGGGCAAUAUGGGUGGGUCCAAUCGAUAGAUCUCGUCAAAGUACUCUGACAAUACCCCCCCAUUUGGGGGGGUAAACGUACUGCGAUAAAAGCCUAUAUAAACAAUGUUAUUAUAUUUGACAAUAUUUGACUCGAUGUCAAUGACGAUGUGGCAGCGCCACCUAUAGAGAUUCCUUAUUAAAAUAAGUGGAACUAUUGAGUGCGUGCACCAUAUCGCACGUAAAUUUUCAAUAAGGCAGCGCCCAUAGAAUUGAAAAGUUAACCGAUUUCAUAGUCGCAAAUUAUCGCUGUACGGGGGUAAACCCACUCCCAAGCCCAAAAAUCGCAUUUGAAA